CGGGUCUAGCCGGCGGAGGGGCUGCUGAGAGCCUCGCGGAGGGUGGUUGGCUGGUGGGUGUCGGCCUCCCUGUCAUCCCCGCCUCCUCCUCGUCUCGCGCUGGCCGGGGAUGCUAGCGCGCGGCGCCCCCUUGCCUAAGAGGAGGUGAUAGACGCGGCCGGAGAAGAUGUCGGGCCAAACGCUCACGGAUCGGAUCGCCGCCGCUCAGUACAGCGUGACAGGCUCCGCUGUUGCGAGAGCGGUCUGCAAAGCCACCACUCAUGAAGUGAUGGGCCCCAAGAAAAAGCACCUGGACUAUUUGAUUCAGGCUACCAAUGAGACCAAUGUUAAUAUUCCUCAGAUGGCCGACACACUCUUUGAGAGGGCAACAAACAGUAGCUGGGUGGUUGUAUUUAAAGCUUUAGUCACAACACAUCAUCUCAUGGUGCAUGGAAAUGAGAGAUUUAUCCAGUACUUGGCCUCUAGAAAUACACUGUUCAAUCUCAGCAAUUUUUUGGACAAAAGUGGAUCCCAUGGUUAUGAUAUGUCUACCUUCAUAAGGCGCUAUAGUAGAUAUUUGAAUGAAAAGGCUUUCUCUUACAGACAGAUGGCAUUUGAUUUUGCCAGAGUGAAGAAAGGGGCCGACGGUGUAAUGAGGACAAUGGCUCCUGAAAAGCUACUGAAGAGUAUGCCAAUUCUGCAGGGACAGAUUGAUGCACUGCUUGAAUUUGAUGUGCAUCCAAAUGAGCUAACAAAUGGUGUCAUAAAUGCUGCAUUUAUGCUUCUUUUCAAAGACCUUAUCAAACUUUUUGCUUGCUACAAUGAUGGCGUUAUUAACUUACUUGAAAAGUUUUUCGAAAUGAAGAAGGGACAAUGUAAAGAUGCCCUAGAAAUUUACAAACGAUUUCUAACUAGAAUGACGCGAGUAUCUGAAUUUCUCAAAGUUGCAGAGCAAGUUGGCAUUGAUAAAGGUGACAUUCCUGACCUCACACAGGCUCCCAGCAGUCUUAUGGAGACCCUUGAACAGCAUCUAAAUACAUUAGAAGGAAAGAAACCCGGAAACAAUGAAGGAUCUGGUGCUCCCUCUCCAUUAAGUAAGUCGUCUCCAGUCACAACUGUUACGUCUCCUAAUUCUACACCAGCUAAAACUAUUGAUACAUCCCCACCGGUUGAUUUAUUUGCAACUGCAUCUGCGGCUGUCCCCGUCAGCACUUCUAAACCAUCUAGUGAUCUCCUGGACCUCCAGCCAGACUUUUCUUCUGGAGGGGCGGCAGCAGCCGCAGCACCAGCGCCACCACCACCUUCUGGAGGAGCCACUGCUUGGGGAGACCUUUUGGGAGAGGAUUCUCUGGCUGCACUUUCCUCUGUUCCCUCUGAAGCACAAGUUUCAGAUCCCUUUGCACCAGAACCUACCCCUCCUACCACAGCUUCUGAAACUGCAACUGCUUCAGCCUCUGCCUCAACUACUACAACUGUCACUGCUGUCACUGCUGACGUGGAUCUCUUUGGAGAUGCCUUUGCAGCUUCUCCCGGGGAGGCCCCUGCAGCAUCCGAAGGGGCCGCCGCGCCAGCAACCCCAGCCCCCGUAGCCGCCGCACUUGAUGCAUGCUCAGGAAAUGACCCCUUUGCCCCGUCUGAAGGUAGUGCAGAGGCUGCACCCGAGCUGGACCUCUUUGCAAUGAAGCCACCUGAGACCAGUGUUCCUGUAGUUACCCCUACAGCUAGCACAGCCCCUCCGGUUCCCGCCACUGCUCCUUCUCCUGCUCCCGCUGUCGCAGCUGCCACCGCGGCCACCGCCGCCCCCGCCACCACCUCAGCCACCGCCACCGCCGCUCCUCCUGCUCUAGAUAUCUUUGGUGAUUUGUUUGAGGCCCCUCCGGAAGUCGCUGCAGCGCCUAAGCCAGAUGCUGCUCCUAGCAUAGACCUGUUUGGUACAGACGCUUUCUCCUCUCCACCACAAGGGGCCUCUCCUGUGCCUGAGAGUUCUCUCACUGCUGACCUCUUAUCCGUGGAUGCAUUUGCAGUACCGUCUCCUGCAACCACUGCCUCUCCAGCAAAGGUGGAUUCUUCAGGCGUGAUAGACCUUUUUGGGGAUGCAUUUGGAAGUAGUGCUUCUGAACCCCAACCUGCACCUCAGGCUGCUUCUAGUUCUUCAGCGUCGGCAGACCUACUAGCUGGAUUUGGGGCUUCUUUUAUGGCCCCUUCUCCAUCACCAGUGACUCCAGCUCAGAAUAACCUGCUACAGCCCAACUUUGAGGCAGCUUUUGGAACAACACCUUCAACUUCGAGCAGCAGCUCCUUUGAUCCAUCAGUGUUUGAUGGUCUAGGUGAUCUACUGAUGCCAACCAUGGCACCAGCCGGGCAGCCUGCACCCAUUUCAAUGGUACCCCCCAGUCCAGCUAUGGCAGCAAGCAAAGCCCUUGGGAGUGACCUUGACUCAUCUCUUGCCAGCUUAGUAGGCAAUCUUGGAAUUUCUGGUACCACAUCCAAAAAGGGAGAUCUUCAGUGGAAUGCAGGAGAGAAAAAGUUGACUGGUGGAGCCAACUGGCAGCCGAAAGUAGCCCCCGCAACCUGGUCAGCAGGCGUCCCACCAAGUGCACCUUUGCCUCCUGCUGGGACGGGCAUGCCCAUGAUGCCUCAGCAGCCAGUCAUGUUUGCACAGCCCAUGAUGAGGCCACCCUUUGGAGCUGCGGCUGUACCUGGCACACAGCUUUCUCCAAGCCCUACACCUGCCACUCAGAGUCCCAAGAAACCUCCAGCAAAGGACCCAUUAGCGGAUCUUAACAUCAAGGAUUUCUUGUAAACAAUUUAAGCUGCAAUUUUUGUGACUGAAUAGGAAAAAAAAUAAUGAGUUUGGAGACUUCAAAUAAAAUUGAUGCUCAGAGUUUCAAAGUGAGCCACCAGUACCAAACCCAAUGCUUACUCGUAACUUCUCUUCCAAAAUGUGUAGCACAGCUGUGAAAGUGAACAUUAGGAAUGUGUACUACCUUAGCUGUUAUCCCUAUCUCAAAAUUGUAGUGUAUUUGGGUUCUUUGUGUGUUGUACGAUGUAAAAACAAUGAAUGGAUGUUUCUGAUGCCUUUAGUGCUUUUCUGGACCUCGCCCAUGGACGGAUGAUGCAGCUGUUGUGUGGUGAGCCAGUUGGAAAGAUGUGUCUGUGUCUUUGAGGGUUUUGAUGUAUAUAUGACUUUUGGACAAACCUAAACUCUCCCCAUAAAUUCUCUGUAUCUCUGUUACAAACAUGGUGUGAUAAUAUCAAAUAGUAAGGAAAACACUCUUAAAUAUACAAAACUUUUUUGGUGUGGAGUACAUUUUUCCAAUCACAGGAACUUCAACUGUUGUGAGAAAUGUUUAUUUUUGUGGCACUGUAUAUGUUAAGAAAUUUUGUUUUAAAAAAAAUAUAAGGGUAAACGUCCAUAAUAAAUAUUUCUCCUUGAAGCUACCUUAUCAAGAAUGAAAAAAUCAUAUGGAAAGAAUUCCAUAUUUAAUCACUGCUAUAUUAAAAUGUAUAUUUUGAUUAUAUUUGACAGGUUUUGCAUCUAAAUUGACCUAUUUAUUCAUUCUUGAUUAAAUGCACUGAAAAGUAAACGGUCCGUUUCUAUCCCGUCCGUGAAAAUGCAAUUAGAGAUGUGCUAUUCAAAUGAUUAUGAAGACACCCCAAGGUAUAUGUGUAAUUUAAAGAUUACUGCAAAUAUUUUUAUUUUAUUGUGGGUUUUAUGUACAUCUGUUAAUUUAGUAUUUCUUUGUGUGUUCUGUAGACUAGUGUUCUUCCAUGCCUCAAUUGAGCUCAAAGUAGGUUUUGUUGUACCAUUGUGAUUAGAAUUUAAACUAAUUCAGAGAAUUGUAUCCUUUCCUGUACAUACUGUAUUCUUUCAUUUUUAAUUUGUUGUCAUACUGUAUGUGCUGAUGGCUUGGCUUAAGAUUUUGAUGCAUAAAUGAGGUCACUGUUGAUCAGUGUUGCUAGUGGCUUGGCAGCUCUUUGUAAAAGCAUAUUGGGUUGGAAAGGUGUUUGCCUAUUUUUCAAAUUAUUUAAUAGAUGUAUGGUACCAUUUAAAAGUGGUUGUAUCUGAACUUACUGUGGGGAUAACAUACACUGUAAUGGGGGAAAAUUACCUAAAACCAAUUUCAAAAUGGCAUUUCUUUCUAUUUCAGUUUAAAACCCAGUGCAUGUACGCCCUCUGAGAUGCAAUAAACACCUUGAACAAAGAAAUGCAAACAUAAUCUUUCUCUUUUCGAUUAUUUUUUAGAGAAAAUGUUUCAAAUGACACACAGCAUAUACAAAAUAUUGAAAAUUUAAAAAACAUUCACAGUGAGAAAUGCUGUUCAUGCCAACAUAGUUCUGAUUAUUUUACAGUGAGUUAAAAAUAAGGGGGAGAAAAGAACACUUUAAUUAGCUGUCAUUAAACUUGGGACUCUGGUUGCUGUCAGAUAAACUGAAAUUCCAUAUUUCAAAAAAGAAAAGGAUGAACUUUCUUUUAAAUUAUGCAACUCCUAUAAUAGUUUUGUGAGAAUUCUCCAUGAAAGUUGAAGAAUAAUAAGACUUUAGAUUAUAGUUUAAACACACACCUGCCUGCCCAUAAACUCAGACACACAAACCUAGAAAACGGGCUGACUUUAUGCCUAUAACUCGAUUGUGACCAUGAUUCAAAAACUAGUCCAAUCUCAAAUAGAAGUAUUUCUCAGCUACAAGCAUAUCCUUAUUUCUAAAACUCUCUUGCCCUUCACUAUUUAGGAUUUCUAUCUCGAGAACUAACUUUCAGAAGCUAGUAUCUGAUUAUGUAUUAUGAUUUUUGUAGAUUACAUUUUGGUCAUAUAUUACUCUGUAGGCAUAUUGUUACAUAAAUGUACUUUAGACUUUAAGUAAUUUUCAGUUUAAUACUGUAUUUUUUAAUAAGCUUUUUCUCUUCAUUGAAUGGCCCAUUCAGUGGUAUAAAUUCUCAAUAGGUGAAACUGCAAGAGCAUUAUUUUUAAAUCUGACACUUGAACCUUGCCCCAUUGAGGUUCUUGGUGGUCCUUGUACAAUUGUCACGUAGAUGAGAUGCUGAAUGAGGUUCUCUGGGCACUUAAAAAAUGAGUCUCUCUGGAUAAUUUUCAACACAGGUCCAGUUUAGCCAUGAUAUUCUUCCACACAUGAGCCUGCCUCUCUAGCCUCACCUCCAGCUCAGCCCCGUCCUCUGCAUGCAUGAGGAUGUGGGCCACAGGCACACUGUUCUCUGCAUCACCACACCACUCCUGAGGCAAGGGGACACCAAGCACUUUGCUGGCUCACACAGGGCCCUCUGCCUGACAUGACCUCACCAGCUCCAGCAGUGCAGCUAAAUCCUACUUGUCUGUCAUGGCUCUCCACCCUACUCUUAUCAACCCUUAUGGCACUUAACAUAUUAUAUUAUAAUCAUCUGUGACACUGGCAUCCUCUGGCCAGUUGUGAGCCUCAAAGGCAGGAAAAAUCUCCUGUUCAUACCCUCAGGAACUAGCACGUCAGUGGGUGCCGGGUAAGUGUUUGGGAUGAACACAAGUAUACUAGUUCUUAGAGGUGUCCUCACCUACCUGGACAUUGCUGAGCUAAUACCAUAUUUCUAAUUCCUGAAGAAUAACGCUCCUAUGGACAUUUAUUGUCAAAUGUUAGAGUUUUAAUAGCUGUCAGCUCAUCCUAACAGAAGAACUAAUAUCGAUUAAAAACUCAUCUUGAGUUGAAGAUUUUGAGUCACUUUUUAUUUGGUAUAAUGGUUACAAGUGGUUCUCUCUAUAUUAAGUGUCUCCUUUGUUUGCUUUUGUGUUAUUUGUUGUACCUUAAAGAAAAAGAAUAAAGACCAAAGACUUUUUUGGAGGAGUCGUGGGGUUUGCAAGAGGAGGAAAGGAGUAAAACAUAAAAAGAGAAAUGGAAAGUCACAGAAAGAUAAGUUGUGUGAAGGCCUCCUUCUGCCUCUGAGGUAGACACCUUUAAUAACAUAGCCCCAAAUUUUUGUUGGCGGAAGAGGGGCAUGCUCUGGUGGCAGUGAUUAUCAUAGUGUUUUUUGUGUGGAAGUACUGGUUCAAAAUAAAAAUCAGGGUCAUCUUAGUUGAGAAGUCACACUGGUCUCUAUUUUCAAGGCAGUGGGUUUUGUGGUAGUUUAUUGUUAAUCCUCUUGGGCUUUAAGAACAUUUCAGUUUCUCAUAGCCUUGCUGACAGAUUUCACUACUGCGCACGUUAUCUGGAUCCCGUCUGUGAGAGGAAACACGAGGGAGCUGUGUGUGAGUUAGUGAUAUGGUCAUUAACCUUAGCUAAAGCCUCAAAACAGCAACGCUGCAUCACCUGAAUUCAUUUCCGCGCAUGCAUGCUCAGACAGUUCUGAGACAGAAAGGGCUUCUAUAACUGACUCUGUAAUAGGUGCCCUACAACUCAUUUACAGACGACGGGUCUUCAAACUGGCUUUGCUCUGCACCUUUGCACUUGUUUUUGAGGCCCUCAAAAAGCUCUCAUUUAUAUGGGUUAUAUCUGUCAAUGCUUACUAUGUUAGAAAUUAAAAUUGAGAAACUUUCAAAUGUCUUUAAUUCAUUUAAAAAUAAAAAUAUUAAGGGCCACUUGGGUGGCUCCAUCGGU